GAGACUCUCACUGAAGAGACUUAGUGAGAGAUUUCUUUUGAACUAACAACAAUGGGAAGAAUGGGUUGUGCUGCAAUUAUAAUCCUUAGUGUUUUAGGCUUUCUGGGUCCUGCUCUAGCUGGUCUGCAGUUGGACUUCUAUGCUCAGACCUGCCCAAAAGCUGAGAAAAUUGUAUUGGACUAUGUGAAGAAGCAUAUCCCAAAUGCUCCAUCUUUGGCUGCAACUUUGCUGAGAAUGCAUUUUCACGACUGCUUCGUAAGGGGUUGUGAUGGAUCAGUGCUCUUAAAUUCUACAUCGACUAACCAAGCUGAAAAGUCUGCAACUCCUAACCUGACUCUCCGAGGUUUCGGCUUCAUCGAUGGAGUAAAAAGCUUGUUGGAAGCUGAGUGUCCUGGCGUAGUUUCUUGUGCUGACACUAUUGCUUUGGUUGCAAGAGAUGCAGUAUUCACAAUAGGAGGACCCUCUUGGGCAGUUCCUACUGGAAGAAGGGAUGGACUCAUCUCAAAUGCUUCAGAAGCUUUAACCAACAUCCCUGCUCCAUUUGACAAUUUCACCACCCUAGUAGGAAAGUUCGCUAACAAAAGCCUUGAUGUGAAAGAUCUUGUUCUCCUAUCUGGUGCCCACACAAUUGGUAUUGCUCACUGCAACCAAUCAUUCGCGGUUCGCCUCUACAAUUUCAGUGGUCAUGGUGACCAAGAUCCUUCUUUAGAUAAAGAGUAUGUUGUGCGUCUGAAAGAAAAGUGCAAGACUCCACUUGAUAACACAACAAUAUUUGAGAUGGAUCCAGGAAGUUUCAGGACAUUUGAUCUGAGUUACUAUAAACUUGUACUUAAAAGAAGGGGUCUGUUUGAGUCUGAUGCAGCUCUGCUCACAAACUCUGCUUCAAAGUCUGAGAUUAUUCAGCUUGCAGAGGGACCACUUUCUAAUUUCUAUACAGAGUUUGGAAAUUCUAUGGUGAAGAUGGGUAGGGUUGGUGUCAAGACUGGAUCAUCAGGUGAGAUUAGGAAGAAUUGUGCAGUGUUGAACAGUUAAGCUGUUCUGGGUCUGGUUCUGUUCUUCAUGGGCUUCUUUGGAACUACGGGUUGUGAUAAUAAAUUAAAGAGUCCAAUUUUUUUUUUUUUUUUUUAUUAAGAGAUUCUGUUCAUGGGACAUUGUGUAUGAAAAUUUGAGAAAAACAUUAAGGCUGCAUGUGGUUCACAGUUGCCACCCACAAUGAAUUUUUUUCUGUUUUGAUUUCACAUUUAACUUGUAUGCUUUAGGCAAUGGUUUUGAAAGAAGACUGUUCUAGGCUGCAUGUGGUUCCCAGUUGCCACCCCUCAAGACUGUUCUUGAGGGUGGGUGGGGUUUUAUUUUUUUAUUUUUUAUUUUUAUGUCUGCUGGCUUGUUGAUGUCAAAUAAAUGAAUGAAUGAAUGAGGUCAUUUAUGGUUUGUACUCAA